AUGACACUGAAUAUAUUCGAGAAUGUUGAUAGGCCUAAUCCAUCUAAUGAAGAAUUAAAUACGCAAAGAAAAUGGACACGUGCAUACGUCGUCGUAUUAAUCAUAAUAAUUGCUAGUGUCAUUUAUAUUACCAUGCUGUCUUAUCGAACAGAUACAACGACUCUAGAGAAACCAACAUUAGAUGUAUAUGCAAAAUUACCAAAGUCAGCUGAUUGUUUUUGCACCAACCUGUCUAUUCCUUAUCACACUUUCGUUAAUUUCAAUCCACAACUUCAUGAAGUAUGCAAAAAUCAUUUUAUUGAACCAGAUGGUGAAUGGAUGUCAUUACUUUAUGAUUCGUAUGAAGAUCAACGACAUAAUAAACGAAACCUUCGUACAUUUCAAGCACUUACUACAAACUGGCAUCCAGUAGUUGCACAUGAGGCAACUAGUGGAUGGAUCUAUAUGCAAGCUGAAAAAUAUAAUCUAUCAUCAUGCAAUUGUGCGACAAUGCCAGGUUGUGUAGAACCAAUGUCUCUUGAAUUGAACACAGGAUCGAAUUGGACAGUGCCAGGAAUGAUGAUUGGUUGUUUACCUCUUGAAUCAAUGCUUGAAUCAACACUAGAAUGUAUAUAUGACCAAUAUUGUCUCAAUACAAUAACUCAAAUUUUUUUGGCUGAGUCGAUACAACCGCUUUUCUCUACUCGAACUCGCUUUAAACCAAUCAAUACGACAAAACUUACAACAAUUGCUAGUGAACUAUUCAUCGAAGAUUGGGGUGUUGAAUUUAUUUAUGAAAAGUAUUUUGCUAGUUGCCAACCUAAAACUUGCUCGUAUGUAUUGUCAGAACGAUUCUAA